CGCAUAGAAGUGAUUGACAAUGAUUUAACAUCUCUUUUUUCACUAGACUGCUGAAUUCAAAUGUUAUAGUCGUAAAGACAUAUCUAUGACAGUUCCAAGAAUACCCGCGCAAUGUCCUAACGCCCGACAACUGUCACAGUGUCCAGUUCAAGUCUACAGUUUUCUGGAUAUGUCCAUGUUGAUCGCUUCACUGUAUGCUGGGGCUGGUCUAGAUCCGGUCUUGACGCCAUGGACGUGUAGGUCCCGAAGUCCGUCGGUAUUUAUUUAUUUAUUGAUCUCAAUACGCCCAUGUUGGUUGGAGGAAUCCCGGAGGAGGUGGUUGUGAUCCCGUUGGUGGAUAUGGUCCCGGAGGGGGUGGUUGUGAUCCCGUUGGUGGAUAUUGCAGUCCCGGAGGAGGUGGUUGUGAUCCCGUCGUUGGAUAUGGCAGUCCCGGAGGGGGUGGUUGUGAUCCCGUUGGUGGAUAUUGUCCUGGAGGAGGUGGUUGUGAUCCCGUUGGUGGAUAUGGCAUUCCCGGAGGACGUGGUUGUGAUCCCGCAGGUGGAUCUUGUCCCGGAGGGGGUGGUUGUGAUCCCGCAGGUGGAUCUUGUCCCGGAGGGGGUGGUUGCCCGCCGAGUGGUGGUGUUGUCCCGGACGAAAUGGUUGCGAUCUUGCCGGUAGUCUCAGUCUCAGAAGGGGU